AUGUUUGAGGACUUAAGGUUUCUUAUGGUGUGUGAGCAGCACAAGCCAUCUAGACAGAAAGACUGUGAUGCCUUCUGUCCAGAUGGUAGCGGGCGGCAUUACACCACGGGACAGGAGCGUGGCCGGGACUACAGGAGCGUGGCCGGGACUACAGGAGCGUGGCCGGGACUACAGGAGCGUGGCCGGGACUACAGGAGCGUGGCCGGGACUACAGGAGCGUGGCCGGGACUACAGGAGCGUGGCCGGGACUACAGGAGCGUGGCCGGGACUACAGGAGCGUGGCCGGGACUACAGGAGCGUGGCCGGGACUACAGGAGCGUGGCCGGGACUACAGGAGCGUGGCCGGGACUACAGGAGCGUGGCCGGGACUACAGGAGCGUGGCCGGGACUACAGGAGCGUGGCCGGGACUACAGGAGCGUGGCCGGGACUACAGGAGCGUGGCCGGGACUACAGGAGCGUGGCCGGGACUACAGGAGCGUGGCCGGGACUACAUGAGCGUGGCCGGGACUACAGGAGCGUGGCCGGGACUACAGGAGCGUGGCCGGGACUACAGGAGCGUGGCCGGGACUACAGGAGCGUGGCCGGGACUACAGGAGCGUGACCGGGACUCUGUAUCGCUGUAG